AUGAGGUUCGCAGGAUUCCACGCGCUUCUCCUCGUCGCCUCGCUCUUUCUCUCCGUCAUCCUCCCGUCGUUCGCUCAGAACGCCGCCGCUCCCCCGUCGGCGAGCCCCCCGACGAGCGACGCCUACGCUGUCGACCAGGGGAUCGCUUGCGCGCUGAUGCUGGUGGCGCUGCUCGUGACGUACCUCGUCCACUGA